AUGGGUACUACAGCAUCCCAGCCGGCUCCGAGAGAGGACGAGACCAUUGAUGCCACCCUGUUCACUGAUAAGCUCAGUGAUAACAUCGAAAGCAACGAUUUUAGCAACCUCAGCCUCGAUGGUUCGCCGAUAGCAGUGGAUCUUAUGGCCAGAGCGCCACGAGACUCACCUAAAGAGCUUCUCAAAGAGGCUCUUGGCUUCAGCAUCAUGAGUCGAAAUGUGAACUUAGUAAUUGACCUCCUUGAAGAAAUUGGGGAGAACGUUGACAUCACCGGGCUCUACCCGCUUCACCUCGCCGGCAGAUACCUAGACGGGUCAAAGACAUGCUGCAAUGUUCUCGACGCUCUCGAUCAUCCGCGCUCUCUCCGCAAAAUCUAUGUCAAUGACCUGGGCCAUCCAGUUCUAGAUCAACUCAUGAUUACCAUACUCAAAGCUCACACGUCUUGCUUGCCCAGUGUAGUUGACGUCAUUUUCAAGAAAGACAAACGUUUUGAGGGAGAAGACGUGGAUAUCUGCGGUCGAUGGAACGCUGACUCUGACUGCGUUCGCACGCUUUUAGCAAACGGUCCUUCGGGCAUACCAUUUCAAUGGAAGUACAUGGCUCUUCUGGGCAAUGAAGAUGUUGACGAAUGCAGCCACGAGGAAAUGGACCCUGUUGAGCUCGCGAUGAAGGUGCCGGCUAGCUCGAGUUCGAUGUGGUCUAGGGAGCUGAGUACAGGUUGGCAGGUCCUCACUAUUGUUCUCAGGCACUCACAAGCAGAAUGGAAAGCCAGACCUUCUAGGCGACGGUCCAACUCAAACGAAAGGGAGGAUGAGCAUGAGUUCAGUACCUUCAUUGAGUACGGCGAAGACUAG